AUGGAGAGAUAUUCCCAAUUCCGAGAUCGAGGGUCCGGUAUUGCGCCCUUCCUCCCGAUUCCAGGUGAUCCACUGGGUCUUCAAGCGCCUUUGCGCGUAUUUUUGUUCUGCUUUCGCCUUCCACUCUUCAUCUUCGUUACUCUUAGCUAUUUUCUGAUACUACAAUGGCUUCCGAUUGGCUCGCUGGGUAAGAAAGCUGCUUUGUGGUGCAUUCUUGGAGUUCCCAGCGUCUGGUGGGUUGACUUGCAAGUGGAUGGGGUGCGGAAAGGCUCCUUGAAGCAGCAGCAAGCUCGAUUGCCGCAGCCCGGCUCUGUCAUCGCCUCCUCCUUCACAUCGCCCAUCGACGCGAUAUAUUUGGCAGCUAUCUUCGACCCGAUCUUCACAGCAUCCUACCCCAACACCCGUCAGGUCGAGCGCAUUUCCCUGCUCCAGGCUGUCUUGCGAGCUUUCGCCACCCCUUUGACCGAACCGAGUCCCAGUGCGCGGAUGGUGGAUGUAUCGACGCUUGUUGAGAAGCACCCCAACCGGCCCAUUGUUCUGUUCCCAGAGUGCACCACAACGAAUGGCCGUGGGAUCCUAGCCCUCGGGAAAUCUCUCCUGAGUGUUUCCGCCCAGACCAAGAUCUUUCCCAUCAGCCUACGCUACACACCUAUGGAUAUUGUCACUCCCCUUCCUGGGAGCUACCUGAGCCUGUUGUGGACGCUACUCAGCAAGCCCACACACUGUAUCAAAGUGCGCAUCGCCGAGAGUGUUACGGCGAGUCAAACCGCACUCGAUAUGCCACCUGCACGCUCAACCCGCAAGUCGACUUACAGCACUAACUACUUGGACGGCAUGGACCAAAACGAUACAGAGGAGAGCUCGGCCAACGAACAGGCCUUGCUUGGAAAUGUGGCGGACUCUCUUGCCCGCCUAGGCCGCGUGAAGCGCGUCGGGCUGAGUGUCACAGAAAAGAAGGAAUUCGUUCGAGCCUGGAAGCAAAGUCGUUCGACGUGGUGA